UACCUGGACGGGGUCGACAGGCGAUCAAGAAGGCCCGUGGCCUAGGUCAAUGGCCCGCAUUGCACUUGGCGGGUGCGUUGGCUUACCAUCUCCCCAAGUGGGAGAGUGGACGUCGUAAUUUGUGGUAGAGGGGGUACGCGUUCGCGCGGCCCCUGCCAAAUCUCUUGAAUUAAAUCUUGGUCCCUGGAGGCCCAAUGUCUAAAUUUAUUGUUUUGUUUUGUUGAAUAAAAUUGCUAACUCUUUUAUCUGGAACUAAGUCAGAUAGGCAUAAUCACCGUCGUCUCAAGGUAAGAGGAUUCAGGGGCAUGGCGCGGAGCGUGUCGUGUGUAUCGGCGGCGAAGCUAGUGUCGAUGACGCGGGGGAACAACAGGCUGGCCGUCAUCGACGUCAGGGAUGAGGAGAGGAGCUACCAGGCGCACAUCGCGGGGUCGCACCACUUCGCCAGCGGAAGCUUCGCGGCGCGGCUGCCGGAGCUCGUGCGGGCCACUAGCGGCAAGGACACCCUCGUCUUCCACUGCGCGCUCAGCCAGGUGCGUGGUCCGUCCUGCGCUCGGAUGUUCUCGGACUAUCUAUCAGAGUCCAAGGAAGAUUCAGGGAUAAAGAACAUCAUGGUGCUAGAACGUGGGUUCAAUGGAUGGGAGAUUUCAGGGCAGCACGUUUGCAACUGCAAGGAUGCUCCUUGCAAAGGCACAUGCUCUUGAGUCUUGAUGAUUUGGGUCACCCAACUGUUCCAGCUCUACCCGAUUUGGAAUGACGAGUUGGUACAGUUUUCGUAUAUCGCCUCGUUGAGAUGAUCAUACAUUACAGUCCCAUUAGAUUUCGCAAUGGCAUGUCUUGGAACAAUACAUGCGCAUAUAUGUAAUACCCUUUUUUUGGAGCUGAUAUAUGUAUUCCUACAGUGCACAGUGUACUGGAAAGUUUCCUAAAAUAUUUGCAUCUUCUCGCUAAA